AUGGCGCUGGACUCCGCAGAUCAGCAUCUCAGACAUGUUGAAAAGGAUGUUUUUAUUCCUAAAAUAAUGAGAGAAAAGGCCAGACAGAGGUGUUUUGAACAAGUUCAAGAUUUCACCAAAUGUUGCAAAGACUCUGGAAUACUAAUGGUAAUAAAGUGUGGGAAAGAAAAUUCUGCAUUGAAAGAAUGCUUAAUUCCUUACUAUAAUGAUCCAGCAUUUUAUGAAGAAUAUAAAAUGGAAUACCUGAAAGAAAGGGAAGAUUUCUGA